AUGGUGAACGUUUUAAGCAGUCUACUUGUCUGCGGACUGGUACUUGUCAGUGCCGCACAACUGAAAGACGGAGAUGUCAUGCAAGAUUACCAGCGUUUAAAAAGGCUCCGCCCGCUAGGAGUCAAGUUUGCCGAACACUUCCGUAAUGCAUCGCUCCCGGACUUGGAUCUAUUCCACCCCCGAAUACCCAGUCAGGAGGAUCUGCUGUGUUUCGCGGACAUAGCGCAGUUCAUGCAGGCGCUCACUGCUGGAAAAUUAUGGGCCCUUAAGAGAGAGCUGUCCGGCAAUGCCUACCAUCUGGGUAACUUCGAUGAGUGUGUCAAGAAAGGCGAGGAGAUCACCAGUAGUCACAGCAUACAUGGAAAGUACUAUUUUCUAAUCGUGCCCGCCGUAUCCAUUUCGAUCAAGAUCGCAUCUUGCUUUCCGGCUUCCUGCUCUGCGGCACAUAUGGAUACGUUUCUGGAGCAUGUACUUCUUGGCUUGAUGGGUACUAUCGUGGGUCUAUGCACGCUCUACGACUACUUUCUGUGCCAGGAUCAGAGUAGUAUCACGGCACGGUCAAGUUCCCGUGCCAUCUUCCGCAUUAUCGACAGCAAAUCGAAUCCGAACGUGAUCAGUUGUCUUGAUGGAAUCCGCUGCAUGUCCCUGUUCUGGAUGGUUCUUGGACAUGGAGUCGGAUAUUCUGCAGGCAAUCCGAAUAUAAAUACCCUACGCACAGUGUUGAUCCAAGGGAAGCUGAAUGCCCCUAUCUUGGCAGUGGCCAUUCUUGUCUACGUGAAUCUGAUUACUGUUGUCGCCGACGGACCGCUCGGCUAUAUAGAGUACCGUGACAAAGAAGCCUGUGAAAAGGGCUGUACGAACAGCAGCGUCCAGAACCAGCCUUCUGCUGUUGAUGGUGCUGGUCCAGCCCUAGCUGUUAUGGCUGUUUCUCAUUUGACCUUUCCAGUACCAGUCUUUUCUGGAAGCGAAUGA